AUGCUCAUCAAGGUAAAGACAGUAAGCAACAAGGUGAUCGAGGUCGCCUCGUUGAAUGAGGAAAACACCAUUGCAGAGCUGAAGGAGAAGUUGGAAGAGUCGGAGGGCAUCCCCGGCAAGAUGAUUCGCCUUGUUUAUCAGGGCAAGCAGCUCGAGGACGAGAAACGGAUCAGAGACUACCCCAUUGCGGCCGGUGCGACGCUGCACAUGGUGGUGGCGUUGCGUGCCGGGUGCUGA